AUGAAGUUCUUCAUCUCCAUCCUUCUUCUCAUCUCAUCCGCCUCAGUCCUGGCCGUUCCCACAGGGAUGCCAGUCAUCAGAACGAAGGGAACUUCUUCACCCUCCACAUGCACAGGAGGCGGUACGACAAAUAACGCUGGCCAAGCCUCAUCAAACUCUACAACAGGGGGCGGCGGCAACGCAUCAGGAAACAUCAACCCAAGCCUGGUCCCAGACUUCGGCGUGGCCCAGAACGCCAACGCCAACGCGCGGCAGCAAGGGUCAUGCGACGGCUUCAACGCGGCCAGCAACGCCGUCGUCAACAUCCCCUGCUCCUGCCCGCCGUCCCGGGCGUCGUUCCUCGCCGCGCUGGACAAGAACGUCGCGGCCGGGAGCGUGCAGGGGGAGAAGGUCCAGUUCAACAACGACGCCGGCGACCAGAGCGCGGCGACCAACAAGCAGCGGGCCACGGCCAUGCUGGUCACGCUGCAGAACCUGAAUGGCGCCGGCGUCGGCUGCCCUGCGGCGAGUGCGCCGAAUUUUGCGGUCAUGCAGAAGACGGGUGUUCUCUCGUCGAAGGCGUUUGUGCAGUAG